GCAGCCGCGGCGCCACGCCGUCCGCGAGUUCGCGAUAAUAAAGAGCGUUCCUCCCCUCCUCCCUUACCGACCGCCAUAUUGUUUGCGAUCUCGUGCACGUCGUUCUCUCGCAAAUUCUCGCAAGUGUGUGCGGCGUGCUUCUACGGCCAGUAUAUCGCAAUAUCGACAAACAUUUCGCGCAAAGGCAACAUGAAGAAGAUCAAGGACGUCUCGGACGAGGACGAUUACGAGGUGGACGAUCCGGACGAUCCGGAGGUCGAGGGUGCCUCCGAAGAGGAAUGGGCCCCCGAGCCCGGAGCGGAGAGUGGUACUAAAAUAAGGCCACAGAGGGAAACAGCAAAAAAGCGGCAGCAUUCUGAAGAGGAAGAUGAAGAAGAAGAAGAUGAGGAUGAAGAAGAAGACGAGGAUGAAGAUGAAGAAUCUGAUUCUGAUACAGGGAAAAAACCAAAAAAGAAAAGGCGUUCUAAGAAAGAGGAUGAUGAUAAGGAGGACGAGGACGAUGAGGAUUCUGACGACAACAGUUUCAAUGAAUCAGGAGAAACUCCAAAAGAUUACACAUCUGGUUCGUUUGUUCUUGCAAAAGCUGACCUUGUAUCUAAUAAAAAUAAAACAUCUAGUAAGGGUAAAUCUGAUGUAGAAUCAAGCCCUUAUCCUACAUUAUGGAGGAUAGAUGGAAAGGCACUACUCCAAAAGUUUUUACCUUUUGAGGAAGAUGGAAAAGUACUGUACAAAAGCACAACGACAUAUUCUGGAUGGCAACUUAGUAAUAAAGACAAUUACUUAGCAGUCCAGGUGUCAUUUAAAGUGCAAAGUAGACAAGAGACAAUUGUUGAACUUCAUUUUGAUCCAACGCAACAACAAGAAGUUGUAAAGGAUGAAAAAGAAGACUAAAUUAGAUCGAGUGUUUGCUCUUUAUUUGUUUAUAUACAUUCUAAGGAAACAUAUGUUAAGGAACAAAAAAAAAAACAAAACAUCCACAUCUCAACAUGUACACUAGCCACCAAACAUAUUUACAGUUUACAUGUACACAUGGAUGAAAUUUAUGACAUGGUAUUGUAGCAGGUUCAUAUUUAAAAUAUAAGAUUGGAUGGACCAUGGCUCUGAGUUUAUUAUUGGGGGUAACUUUAGCUAUAAUUGAUACCUCUGACAGAAUAUGUGUGUGAGCUUCAACUACCAAUAGAAUUAUUCGCAAGCAUGCAUUGUAUUUACAGAGUUUAGUAAAUGCAACACCUGAUGAUUUACAAAUGUUUUAUGUCUUCGACAGAAAUUAAAUGUUACCUAGUGUAAUGGA